UUUCCGGGGCUCCUACGGGAAGUGUUGUCUGUGUUUGCCCGAGGUCCCGGACUGAGGGAAGAUGCUGUUGGUUUUGUCGGAGGAGCACAAGGAGCACCUGGGCUUCUUAUCUCAGGUGGACUCUCCGGUUGUAGGAGAAUUCUGCCGAAUUGCUGUGGAAUUUCUGAAGAAAGGCUCAAAUCCCAAAAUAUUUGAAGGAGCAGCGAGGAAGUUGAACGUGAGCACUGAAACCGUACAACAUGGAGUGGAGGGUUUGAUGUACUUGCUAACCGAGAGCUCCAAAAUGAUGAUUUCUGAGGUGGAUUUCCAGGACUCUGUGCUUGUUUUGGGUUUUCCUGAAGACCUAAAUAAAUUGCUACUUCAAUUUUACCUGGAUAAUAGGAAAGAGAUUCGGAGUAUCUUGAAUGAACUGGCUCCAGACCUCCCACAUUACCACAACUUAGAAUGGAGACUUGAUGUUCAGUUGGCCAGCCGUGCCUUAAGGCAACAGAUCAAACCACUCCUAACCCUGAAAUUACACCUGGAACAGAAUGGGCAGCGGAAUGCCAGUGUCCUUCAGACUGACCCUGCCACCUUGUUGCACAUAAUUCGCAAGUUGGAGCAAGCACUUGGUGAAAUGAAGACAAACCACUGCCGAAGGAUAGUCCGCAAUAUAAAAUAAGGAAAUGGGAAGAGACUGGCAACCGUUGGCAUUCCCUGUGUCAGAUUGAAACAAAUGAAUUUUGGGCAGUUGGGGGUGUCAUGUGUUCUUGGACUAAUGGAGGAACUGGUUGCUGUUCUGUGUACAACAUGAUCUUGGUUAUUGGAAGCAGUUUGAAGAAUGAAAGUUGGUAAUAAUCUUUGUUUGCUGUUACUGAGGUACUUUGCCAUUGGAAAUCAGUAACCUUCAUGACUCCUAUCAAAUUGUAAGGUAUUACUAGCUGGAGCUGUGGAGCCACACCGGAAAGUGCUUUAUAUCGAUUAUUGCCCAUCAGUAAGAUCUGAACUCCAGAUGGUUACACAGAAAUGCUUCAUUUUUUGAUUAAAUUAAUGUUGCCUUAGAUGAAAAAGGGGCCUAUUUUGGGGAUUAUGGCAGCAGGUGGCAUAGUUAGGAAACAGCAAAAGAAUGAAAUGCAGAAAAGACUGGAAUAAUUGAUCCUACAAAGCAGCUAAAAUUAACCAGGAGUGAGAAAAGUAUAUCGAAGGGUCGGGAGGGUAGACAAACUGUGACAAAAGUACUUCCUACAGGGGUCUCCUCGUACCUCUUAGGGUCAGCCUGAAAUCAGUGCCAAACCGAGAAGGAGGUUUCUCUUCCAGCUGGCAGCUGCCACGUUCCUGUGUACAGUCAAUUUGAGUUUUUGUCUGCCCCUUCAUUGUACAGCCUAUAAAAAGGCACUGAAUGGGCAACCUUACUGAUCACAAGGGCAUUCAUGAGAACAGGAGCACGUGUUAGGCCGUUUGAGGCAGAGGCAGUGCAACGCUGUGUAACUGAGUGAUUGUGUUGCCAUCAUUGACACUGAUUACCUUGAUGAGGGUGAGAAAGAAGUGAAAAGGAUUAUCACUAACGUACAGCUCUGAAUAUUGUAGCACAAUCAAUAAUUUGUUGGAUCAUUCAUCGAAUAGAACUUAUUGAAGCACAUUCUGAAGACACUGAAACAAUACAUUGUUUAACUUCUUAUCAGUUGUUUUAUUUUUCUAAUAUACAUGAGCCAGGUCAUUGCUAAUGAUUGAGAGAUCACACCAACUGCCAUGUCCUAUUUCUCUGGUGCCAGCGUUAGAUUUGCUAGGUUAAAAGUAAUGUACCAGUUCUGUUCCCAACAAAGCUAGCAUUAAGAUGCUUUGUAUCAGAUAACAUUUUUGCCAUGUCCUUGUGACAUGUAAGUCAGAACAUUAUUCCUGGACAUUUUAUUUUCAGUAUUACAAUUUGGAUACCUAACCUGGGUAUUUUCCCACAACUUCUAAUAAGAACAUUGGGCUGAACAAUGCACAUUUUGAUUUUGUUAUGCUCGCCCUAACAUUUAGAACAUUCAUUUCCUGGUUUCUGAGGGAAUUUCUUCUACCUUUUCCCUUUCCCAGCGCCAAUUCCCAGUAUCCCAUGAAUCUUUUAGCAUCUUGACAAUUCGAGACCAGACGUAGGAUCCACCCAAGUGCUGUCAGCACUGAUUUGUUCCAUUGUAUGAGUAGGGAGCAAGCACAUUAUACAGCAGGUGCCAUGUGGCUACAUUAUUCAUGUUACUCUUUUCUGACAGUUGAAAGAGUUGGCCAUAAUAAAGUAAAUGUCGUCUUCUCUGCUCUACAUGUUUGGAGAUUUAAUGGAUGAAGUGAACAGUUGAAAUGUCCUAAAGAGGUAAAAGUAUUCUUGCAGUGAGUCACGCAUAUUAUUCAGAUUGAUUGGUUAAAAGCAAAGUGGAAGUGGACACUUUACAGUGGAAUGGCCUCUACCUUCAUUUGAAUUUUGACUGCUAUUUGUGAUUAUAAAUGAUUUAUUUCUUUUCAUUAUACCUAAAGGUCCAUUGUACUUUGAGGCAGUUUUCAGCAGCUGUAAAGCUUGAACCAAGAAAAUAAGGGAAACUUGGGUUCAAAUGUAUCUCUCUCUUUAAUUUUCAUAUUAUUGGAACUGUUCAGUAGUCAACAUGUUCCCAAUAGUUACCCAAAAAGGUAUUCUAACCAACAAAGUCAAAAAUAGUCACCAAUAAUUGUAUGAUUAAUGGUCUUCAUAACAUUCUGAUAUUUUGUAAAAUUGAUCAAAUGUGUACUCUCACCUUUAAUUUUUGUAAGGAAUUCUGCAAGUGUUAAUUUGUUUUCUCUUUCUCUGUUUCUGUUUGAAUUAUUUUUCAUUACUUCCAGUUUGUUUAAUUGGUGUAGUAUUGUGAACAUCAUGUUGAGAUUAUUCAAUUACUAAAGUCAAGUGCAAGAAAAUUAAUACAAAAUUUAACUAGUCUUAAUGAAGUGGAAAAGAUCCUCCUUCUCCAGAAUUGCAGAACAAUUGUUUGUGCCAAAAUGGUACACACACAGUAAUCUUGUACUUCACUUUAAUGCAAUUUUGUUCAGACUUAUUUCCCAAUUCCUUGCUUGAGUGCCUAUAUUCUUGUAAAAUUCACAUAAUAAAUAAAUAAU